AUGCUUGUAGGGUGUGGAGGUGGCGACCGCACCUCCCUUAUACUCCCAGCCGCCAAGCCGCCAGCUGAACUCGGGCCCUCGGUCUCGUACACAUUUGAGGUGGUGCUCAUGUUGCCAUUUCUUGCGGAGCUGGAUGAUGCGGCAGAGCUGAAUGCAGAUAUGGAGGUUCCUGGUGGGCUCAACGUGCACGAAGGACAAGUCCGGGGCGUGGUAGGCGAGCAUGUGGCUGGUUGCAUGGCCUGUGUGCUCGGGUACGGCGAGGACAAAGUCGAGGGCGAGGGGACUGGGGCUGGUGACAACAAAGAGGGUGAGGAUGAUGAAGGGGCAGAGGAGGAGAUGGAUGAGCGGAGGGGUGAGAGGUUGAGAAAAUAA